AUGUCUUCAACGGGUAGAAGAAAAGAUCCUGUUUGGAAUUAUUUUCUAGAAAUAAAACCAAAUGGUACUACUAAAGGUACUCGAGCGAAGUGUAUAAAAUGCAAUUUUGAAAUGUCUGGGCUAGUAGAUCGAAUGAAAACACAUCUAAAUAAAUGUAAUGUAGCUUCAAUAUCAAAUGAAGUUCAAAUCGAUGAAGAACCAAGAAGUUAUGAUAAUAAUGAUUCUAGUAGUUUAAGAUUGCAUACUACUACUCAUACCAAUGAUAGUUCAAUGAAUGUUGAAACUCGCGUAAAGCGUUUUUGUGCUGAUACACCAUCUACGGGAUCACAAAUAUCUACAUCAAUCAGUAAGUUUGUUAUACGAACUAGUGAUAAAGAUAAAAAAUCAUUUGAUGUACAAAUUGCCAAAUAUAUAUAUGCGACAAAUUCGUCAUUUACUUUUGUUGAACAUAAGGAGUUUAAAAAAAUGAUUGAGUUAAUUCGUCCUGGCUACAAACCUCCCAAUCGUGAUCAAAUUAGCAAUAAGUUGUUAGAUCAAGUGUUUAACGAGGUGAAUGAAGAMAUUAAAAAAAUUCUUAAAGGUAAAAUUGUAUGUAUGGCAAUGGACGGGUGGAGCAACAUACACAAUGAACCAAUAAUAUGCAUAUCGGUGUACAAUUUAGAAGAUGAAAUAGUAUGUUUAAUUGAUACAAUUGAGACAAAAGCUGAAAGUCAUAAUGCAGAGUAUUUAUUAAAAUUGGCUGUUGAAUCGAUAAAAAAAUGUAAGUCAUAUGGUUGUGAUGUUCGCAGUAUGGUUACAGAUAAUGCUGCCAAUAUGAGGAAAAUGCGAUUAGAACUUAGUACAUCAGAUUUGAGCUCUAAUGAAUAUUCACAUUUAGACAUAAUAACCUAUGGUUGUUCAUCACACAUUUUAAAUUUGCUAGCUCAUGAUUUAGAAGAUACAUUUCACCAUUUUCCUGCUGCUAAAUAUAAAGAACUUGGUGGUUCAUCUUUGGUACUUCCUUUUGAUGUUCGUUGGAAUACAAUGUUUGACUGUCUGCAAUCCUACAUCGAUAAUUGGCCAAUUUUAUACAAAGUAUGUGUUGAUCAUAGAGCAGCAAUUGAUUCUAAGAUAACUUCUAUG